CUCAAAUGAAGGACUUCGGAUAUCGCUACCGCGAAAAGUCAGCCGUACCACGAUCAACAGAUUCAAAUAAUACUUACCUACAUGCUAGAUUAUUCUUGUCGCAAUUCUCCCGAUGUAUUGAGUCUAAAGAGAUUUUUUCUUUAAAAAAAAAUGAGACUCUUCAGCGCCACUAGGCUCCUGAGCCUGCUUGCAUUCUUUUUGCCGCUGGUAACUACAGUCCUAGCCAGCUAUCCGUAUUACCCACUUCCCAUGAGGUACAUCCACCAAUGGCCCAUCCCAUGGUAUAUUCAGAGUCUCUAUGUCAGAGAUAACGGCGAUAUCAUGGUAACGACGGUUUGGCCUGUCGCAUCGGUAUGGGUGUUGACAGACGUCUUGACCGAUAAUCCAGAAGCCACACUUAUCUACAAAUUCAACGAGGUUAACGCUACCACUGCCAUAACGGAGACACAACCAGAUGUAUUCGCCAUCAUAGGGGCCAACCAAACUUCUCUAGGCGUUGGAAUCGAUGGAGACAUGAGCAUAUGGGAACUCGACCUUCGUCCGGGCAACGGGUCCUACACCGAAGGGUUCACUAUCAAGGAGAUCAUUCAUAUGUCUGAAGCGGGGCUUUGUGGGAGUCUUGUCCAACUUCCUAAAACCCCGUCCACGCUAUUAGUAGCAGACACUCAUAAGGGGGUGAUUUGGAGAGUCGACACCCUUGCUCGCACGUACGAACUCGCCGCCCGGGAAGAACACAUGGCCUGGCUCCCAUGGUUCAUCACUGAGUUCGGCAUCAGCGGCGUGAAGAUUCGAGAUGGGUACCUUUACUGGACGCUCAGCUACGCCGCGACUAUCUGGCGUAUCGCUAUCUCGGACGAUGGCUUCCCUUUGCCCGGUGCGAAGCCAGAGGAAGUCAAGUGGAUUCGGUCGGUCUUUGUGGACAACUUCGAAAUUGCCCCCAGGGACAACGCCACUAUAUUCGCCGCGCUCAACGCUGAUAACCGCCUAAUUGCCAUUGAUAAGAAUGGAAAUCCGACUUACGUUGUCGGUACUCCGGAUGAGAUGAUUUUGCUAGGACCCGUGGCACCGGCGUUCGGCAAGGUUCGGGGAGAUACCAAUACGGUGUAUGUUGCUACCGGUGGGGCAUUAUUGAAUCCGGUUAACGGAUCAAUCAUCGAGGGCGGUAGGAUAGUAGCUAUUGAUACUACGCCCUUCUUUGAAGAGUAUCUGUCAAAGGAGCCCGAACCGGAACUCGAGUUGCGCUCUGAUGAGACUAUGUAGGUAGAUAAGAGGAGUAACUUAGGGGAGUGGAAGGUUGCGCAUACCUUACCUACCUAGGUAGCUUAUUGUCUGCCUUCAUAUGUAGGUAGGAAGAAACGUAGUAUAUGGCGUCUCAUGUCAAAUAAGGUGUUUCAGUCGGGUUCUAUUAGGUAUCCCGUUAAGUUGGAAGGAUCACAGGAUGAGGUACGGUUUGAAUAUGUUGGAUUUAAGAUAUGUCAGUUCAAUCAAA